UCUCAGGUUUUUCUCUCUGUGCAUACCUACGUUCGUGUGCUGUGCAAUCUGUUCAGAAAUUUGCAUCGUGAUCGAAUUCCAUAACUCUGUCAACACUUGAGUGUAAUCAUAGAUGUAUAAUAUUUCAGAGGCCAUAAAAAGUAUCCUUACGAAAAAUGGUUAUGAUUUGUUGUGUUUGCGGAAUUGAAAAGGGACAGAAUUUAAAUUUGACGUUUCAUAGUUUUCCGAAAAAUGAAGAUUUAAGAGUAAAAUGGUAUAACGCCAUAGGAAAAAAAGUCUACCGUAAUGCCUGCGUAUGUAGCAAACAUUUUAAAAUUGAGGAUUAUAGAAACCAUGAAGAUCCCAGAUUAAUACGGAGACUAUUAAAAUCUUACGCAGUCCCUAAUAAUGAAUUGUGCAGAGAAUUUGGAGCUUCUUCAUUUGACACUGCAAAUAUUUCAAUUGGAAACAAGUGUGGUGAUAGCGCUGAAUUUGUUAAUCACGUCAGUUUGAAAUGUAAAGAUGGUAUUGUUAAAAAUGAAACAAGUAACUCCAGAGUGCAAGCUGAUGAGUCAAGUACACAGGCAAAAAUCUAUAACCCAGUAACUAAGAGAAUUCUUGAUGACGAAGCAAUAUUGUACUCUACUGCUGGUCAACAAACAAAGAAGAGGAAAACUGAAGACUAUUGUACUUCACAAACAGUAGAAAACCAAAGGUAUCUAAAUGUCGUCUCAGACGCUGUAAGAAAGGAAGAUUUCAAAAAUGUAAAUGCAUGGUUAAGAUUUCAAAAAUAUAUCAAUACAAUGAGAAAACAAUAUAAAUUUUUAUUACAUAAGAAUCGAAGGCUUUAUCUUAAACUGAGCAAUUUUAAAGACAUGUUGGAAACUUUAAAAACAAAGUAAUUAUCCGUGAUUCUAAAUACAUGCAUUUAAAAGUAGUUCAUGACUAUGUUUAAGAUCUAAGAAUUCAUGUUUUGUUCGGCCGUUUUUAGAAUGAAUCAGGGACACUUUGAGUCGAGAACGAAGGAAAAUGUACUACUUAAUUGUUUGUGUGUGUGUUUUUGCAUGUGUGUAAAAGGGAAACGGAACUCGGUAAAAAAGGCUACAAUCGACUACCAUCUAACAUGCUUUUGUAUGUCGAACCUCUUGUAUAUGUAUAUGAGACUAAAUAUACCCAUAAAAUAUUUUUCAGCA